UUUUGCAUCAACAAAAAUUUGAUAGGGUUAUUUAGCAUAACUGGUAUUAUCUUUUCUGUUCAUCAAUAUGGAGUUGGAAGCGAAAAAUAAGGUCAUGCGUCUAAAAAGAGUAAUGACCCAAUCUGAUGAUCUAAAAAUGCCAUAAACGACAUGCUGGAAAAAAAACAAUAAUAACAAGAAAGGCUUGCAUUUCUCCCCAAUUUUUUUUUUUCGGAUCUUGUGUUCUUUAGGAUUCCCGAUCUUUUACGACAUCCGAUACCCCUUUUUUCUGCUGUUCAAAAGUCCCACUCGCUUGCUCAUAUAUAUACUUACUUCAUGGCAGUCGAGAACGAUAUCUCUGACGAGACCAUUCAGCAAGAUAGGCGGGCGCAGAUGAUCUCGGACGACGAACUCGGAUAUUCACGCCAUCCAAUAACGUACCCUUCCGCCGGCAUCACUCUUGCACACACGGUUGCUGGGCCGACCAAAUCGCCUCCUCCCGUACUCAUGCCUCGACCGAUCCCGGCCGUAGCGCCAACCCGAAAACUUAUUAUGCAAACGAGCGAUCCAUCUCCGUCACCCGACCCUCACCCUCCUGCAACUGAUACGACAAUGACGGUGCCUGUCAUCGAUUCCCCGACGCUGCCUUCCUCGGAAACGGCGGCGACAACGACGGCACGACAAAAAGAAUCGAGCGUCAUGAAGAUGAAAGAAAAGAUGCCAUCGGAGAACCCCAAGGAGCGCAGUGGUCCAACAUUAAAUACAGACGACGACAUGGGUGCACAAACCUCUAUCGUCACGCCAACCAGUGAGAGUAAAUCUCCUCACUACGUAUCGGCGGACGACGAAACGUCUGUGCGACCGACCCCGAGCGUUUUGGUGAGAAAAUCUACCGAUGCUCUGACCGCCGAGCCCCUACCUCUUUCCUCUCGCUCGAUCACGUCUUCUGUCCCCACUACGAUACCGUUAUCUGGCCACCCCAAAUCCACCCGUCUCGCUGCCGAUCUCGCUAAAUCACCCAAAUUCGUCACCUUUUCACAGUCUCCGCAGAAUUUACCUUUACCUCCUUCCUCGGCACCCACGCUUCCUACGGUGACGGUUUCUUCUGCCGCUUCCGACAUGUCUAUACUGCAGAAGAACAAAACAGCUUCACCUUUACCAGCGUCAUCGACCGGACAACCCCAAGUGUCGUCCCAACCGUCCCCACUGACAAAUCCGAGCCAACACUCGGGUAUGCCAAAAGACUACGAGUCACUCAUGCAACACAAUAAAAUGUUGCAAAAUCAAGUGGAUAAUUUGCUUCGAGAGCGCAACGAGUUGAGACACCGACAAGACGAUAUGCUGAGUAGAUUGCAGAGUUUGGAGCAGUUAUUAAAAUUGGAUGUACCCCAGCAAGGACGAUCGGCCGCACCGUCUUUGGAACAUCCUUCCACAAAUGAAACCGUUCGUCAGAGGAAUGAGGAUCAGGAGAAGAAUGAAUUCAAAUCACCCAAACCACGACCCAGAGCACACGAUGGACCGGUCCAACCGACUCCUUCUUUGUCUGACCCCAACUCGCGACACGGGGCUCCGCCAAUGUCGCCGUAUGCCAAUCAUCCUGCCCAAAAACAGGCCAAGCGUUAUCGAAGUCGAAGUUUACCGCGUUACGUCUCCGAAGAAGCGACAUCGCGGUGUCCGAUGGAUCGAAUGUACCCUAUGCCACCAUCAAGGUACAUGGAUGCUAUGCGCCAUCGACCGUAUCGCUAUAUGGACGAGUUUUAUGAUGAUGGUUACGACCGUGUCCAUGGAGACAGUGAGCGUGAUGCGUAUGAAGAUUAUUACAACGAAGCGAUGCUGGGUGCGAUGCAUGAUGAACCGGAAGAAGAGGCAUGGGAUGAAGCCGAGUAUAUGAUGCAUCAUCCUUCGGCACAUCUUCAGUACCCUGUGCCUUUUCCAAUGUUUCCUGUCUCCAUGAUGCCGCCGCUGCCUCCUCGUCUGACUCGACAAAGGUCCCGUGGCCAGUCUCGUUGGGCACCGCCCGCUCCACCGACCGACAAACCUUGCCGAUCAUCGAUCCGACGACGUCCAAUGUCUUCCGUUGCGUUUGCGCGAGAACCACCUCCACCUCCACCCCCCAUCUCGGCUCCACCACCUUCCACUUCGGCGGCUGCUCCACCACCCCCACCUCCUCCUGCACCACCGAUCCCCUACCCUGGUCCACCCCCGCGGCGUUUCGAUGAUAUGUACGAUGAUUAUCGCCCACCCCGUCCCAAACUUUCCGGUAAUCCAUCAAUGCGUAACCGAGGCCUCGAACGGCGUAUGAGCCGUCAUUCGCUUUACGGAUCCUCCAUGUAGACAAGCCCGCAUUUGUUUGAGGCACUUGCUUCACGAAAAAAAGAAGAGAAGCGCUGACGAAGAGAAACAAUGUUGAGCAAUGAGAAACAUUUUAGGUUUAUUAUAUAUACAUAUUUUUUUUUAUCAUCGAUAUGAAUCAUUAUUAUGGGAAAACGUGGUGUAUCUUUUGUAUAUUUUGUCGUUUUAGAUAGGUCAAAUACGGAUUGUUAUAAUAAAAUUUAGAGUUGAAUGCAUACAGC